GUUGCGCGUUUACAGUUGCUUUAAGGAAACAAUUAUUCAUCAUCGACACUGUUUUCUUAUAAUAAAUCAGUGACAUCAAAUGUUUAUUAAUAGUUCUGUAUAAUAUUUUUAUUUUGCUCUACUCUGUACUUCACUGCGCAUUAUCCCGCAGCUUUGACUGGCACGUGAGUGGUCUCGUGACAACAGGAAGAAGGAACGACAACAGUGUGAGGAUGCUGCUGCUGCUGCUUUGAUACUUUUUAACUCUUUAUUUUUCAUUUGCAGAAAGCACCAGCCAACAAUGACUUCUUUUAUAAAGGAAACACAAAGCAGCAUAAAAGAAGCGGUGACUUUCAUCAACGCGAUUGAUGUGAACAAGUUCUCCAGGCUGAUCUCCCGCAUCAUACAAAAGCUUCAUCUGAAGGGAGAACGUACAUUCAGUGAAGAGGAAGAAGACAAACUUCAGGCUGCGCUCUCAUUGGAUAAACAGGCUCUCAAUCUAGUCCUGGAAACGGCUGCCUUCAUACUAGAGCAGGCAGUGUAUCAUAAUGUGAAGCCGACGUCUCUGCAGCAACAGCUGGAGGCGGUUCAUCUAAACCCAGACAAGGCUGAGGUGAUCUCUCAAACCUGGGCCACGGCUGGACCUGAGGUGGUGGAGAAACUAAAGCACAGCACCUUUGCUCCAAAGAAGCUGGAGUAUGUCGGCUGGCAGUUGAACCUGCAGAUGGCCCAGUCCAGCCAAGCCAGACUGAAAUCUCCCAGUGCUGUCCUCCAACUGGGACUCCGCAAUGAAGACUCUGAGGUUCAGGAAAAUGUCUUUGUUGACUUUAACCACCAGGAGCUGCUUGACUUCUACAACAAGCUUGAAAUCGUGCAAGGCCAGUUGGAUACCCUGACUUAAUGCCUGAUGCUCUUUGUACACACACACACACACACGCACACACACACACACUGUAAUGACAAUGUUAAUUAUGUGCCAAUAGUCAUUGAUCUUACCCUUGAAAAAGGAAGUUAUUUUGUAACUAGGAAAAGGAACUUGUGUCCACGCUAUUCUAAUAAAAUCUGAAGUGGAGGUGAAACGCUUCCAAGCUGUU